GAGGGUGGGGACAGCGGGGACUCGGAGCAAAGCGUCGUCCCGAGACGCGAGCAGAGGGAUGGAACACAGGAAACCAAACUCAACCAGGAUGAUGCCUCUGCGCUGGAGCUGAGCACCGACUGAGGUUUUUUUGCCAUGUCAGAGGAGAUGAAAACAUCUGGAUGGUGCACAAGUAGCCGGGCGCGUGCGUGGUGGUGCACAAUGAGUGCCGCCGGGACAUGGACGUGCCAGUAGAGGACGGGGACCGCUGUGGAGCAUCCCCCGGGGUUGAGACACUGAGGCAUUGGGAGGAACGUUUCGGGUUCCUCUGGUCUUUGCGAAGCCCCGGCCUAACCAUGAGAGUGGCCCUCCUGGCCUUCAGACUGGUGUGCCUGGCCUGGCUGUGGCCCGUCAGCAGCCACUAUCCGAACAAGAGGAGGCACAAGGAGCAGUACGGGGAGAACACCAAACAGAAGCACGGAGGACGAGUGGAUCUUAAGAUGAAAAAGCUGGACAGCACCAAGUCUCUGCUUAUUAAGUCUGAGCAGCUGCUUCGGAUUGAAGACCACGACUUUGCAAUGAGGCCAGGAUUCGGAGGUUCGGCUAUUCCUGUGGGCAUCGACGUGCAGGUGGAGAGCAUCGACAGCAUAUCUGAAGUAAACAUGGACUUCACCAUGACUUUGUACCUGAGGCACUACUGGCAGGACGACCGGCUGGCCUUCCCCUCCAGCAGCAACAAGAGUCGCACCUUCGACGCACGUCUGGUGAAAAAGAUUUGGGUUCCCGAUGUGUUCUUUGUCCACUCGAAGCGUUCCUUCAUCCACGACACGACCAUGGAGAACAUCAUGCUGAGGGUUUUUCCCGACGGCAAUAUCCUCUACAGUGUUAGGAUCACUGUGACGGCGCUUUGCUCCAUGGACUUCAGUAGUUUCCCUCUGGACACACAGAAUUGCUCUCUGGAGCUGGAGAGCUAUGCUUACAAUGAAAACGACCUAAUGCUCUACUGGAAGAACGGCAACGAUUCAUUAAGGACCGACGAGAUUGUGCUCUCUCAGUUUUUUGUUGAAGACUUCCAGCCUUCCUUCGGUCUUGCCUUCUACAGCAGCACCGGCUGGUACAAUCGGCUCUACAUUAACUUCCUCCUCCGGAGGCAUAUCUUCUUCUUCAUGCUUCAGACGUACUUUCCCACCAUGCUGAUGGUGAUGCUGUCCUGGGUGUCUUUCUGGAUAGACAGGAGGGCCGUACCAGCCCGUGUCUCUCUGGGCAUCACCACGGUUCUGACCAUGUCCACCAUCAUCACUGGUGUCUCAGCCUCUAUGCCGCAGGUGUCUUACGUCAAAGCUGUAGACAUCUACCUGUGGGCAAGCUUCUUGUUUGUCUUCCUGUCUGUCAUCGAGUACGCUGCUGUCAACUAUUUCACGACAGUGGAGGAGAUGAAGAAGCUAAAAAGGGCAAAGAUCCCCAACACCUUCGACGCCACUGAGGCCAUGGCGUUCGAUGGCUGUUUCCACGACAACGACAUCGACAUGACUUCUUUCACGGAGGUUGCCAGCACGCCGAACACAGAGAGGAACAGCCAGUCUCGAAACUCCACCGUCUCCGGACCCGCAGAAGGCACCAGGCUGCGCCGCAAGAACCCUGUGAAGCAACACUUCAGCUUCAUCAUGAGCAACAGCUACAUGAUCGACUCGUACUCCAGAGUCAUCUUCCCCAUGGCUUACCUGCUCUUCAACAUCAUUUACUGGAGUUUGUAUGCGUAGCAGCAGAAUAAACAGUAUUCAUUAUUGGCUAUUUUCACCAUAACAGUGUAACACCAACAAGAACCUGUUCUGCUUUGGGAAAUGAACUCGCCGAUUGGACAUCCGGGGUCUUUAUACUGGAGGAGGGUUCACUUGUAAUUUGGUGAAAAUCAGAGACAAUUGAAUGGUUUUUAUUUUUGCAGAUGUUUGUGUGUUUUUGCCGGUUUUAUAAGAGAAAAGCUUUUAUUCUAUAACAUAUUGUAGUUGCUGA